AUGGCCGAUCCCGGCCCUGCCGAGAACAUUAUCGAGGAGUCGACAGCCAACCCCACCCCUGACGUGGACAUGGAGGGCGGCGAGGCCGCGGCCGCCGCUGACGAUGAGCCCGCGGCUCUCCCCUACGCCGGCGAGGAGGGUCCUGAGGAGACCGCGCCCACCCGUGUGCCUUUCAUCAACUACCUUGGCAGCCCCGUCGUGACGAUAACAGCCGGCAUCGAUGAGAGCGAGACCAUGCUCACCGCCCACCAGGCCCUGCUUGUCCAGAGCCCGUGGUUCGCCGAGACUUGCGCAGAAUUCCCCGACGAUGGCUCUCCCCGCCACGUCGACCUAACCGGCGACGACGUCGAUGCCGUCGGCUGCUUCCUCGAAUUCCUGUACACGGGCGACUACUUCCCGCGCAAGGUGGCGGGCACGCGGCAGCUCGAGACGGACCCGUCGCUCCCGCACGUCGACGAGUCGGGCGACCAGCUGCUCAAGCACGCGCGCGUCUACACGCUGGCCGAGAAGUUCCAGAUGCCCGCGCUCCGGAACCUGGCCUCGUCCAAGAUCCACUGCGUCAACUCGACGGCCAAGGGCGAGAUCGCCUACGCCCGCUACGUCUACCAACACACCCACAACGACGACACCGUCAUCCGCGCCCCCGUCGCCAACUUUUGGGCCACCCGCUCCCACACCCUCCGCUCCGAGGCCGAGGAGGAGUUCCGCGGCCUGUGCCUGGAGUUCCCCCAAUUUGGAUACGACGUGCUCACCCGCGUGCUGGACGAGAAGCUCAAACGCGAGCAGUCCAGCAAGAUGCACCCGGCCGGCGGGAGCGCGCGCAAGCGCCCACGCCACAGCCAGGUCUAG